UUGAUCUGGUGGUGGCUGGCCUGUCUGGGGACCAUUCACCCACGGUGUGUCGAUCUUAGCACGGAAACUCGACCAGGAAGCAGUCCUCAGGGUCGAGUGUGAAUGGGGCUCUUUUGGUAAAAAAGAAGCCGUAUAAAAGUGUUUCUGGUGGUGGUGGGAUUUAAUAAUAGAAGAGAAAGUGGAGGUGGCUGAGAGAAGCAAAGUCUGUGUGCAGUCACUGUUCGUCUAUAGCACUGUCCAACCAACCGCCUUCAUAUAUUUCCUUAUACACACGGCACGAGCAGAGCACGAUGUUGUCCACCACUCGCUGUUGCAAUCACAGUAUUCGCACCACAGACACUACUCGAACGUGAGUCAAUUCUCUAAUAAUCAAACGCAGUUAAGUUAUUACGACGAGAAAAAGUUGCUCAAGCUGAGCAGCUAAAAUUCGAAAGUAUUUCAAACAAAAGGAAGCAGAGUGGAAUAAUCUGUUCUUUUCUCGACAUUCUUCUUCUUCCCCGGAAGUAGGGGCAAGUUUAUACGCAAAAAUUCUGUGACCCCAUUCGCCAAGGGUGACCUCUAAACCUUGGUGAAGAUUUAACUACGUUGAUAGCGUAGAGGUUGUUGGUGGUGGGGGUGACUUUGACGGCGGAAGUAUGGCGACGGGCGUAUUUGAUAUAGAAUUGGAGGAUGAGAUCAUCAUCAGUCAUGACAGUCGAGUCCCUUUUCUCAACCCGAGAACUAGGGAGGAGGUGGGACAUAUUGAAAUAGAGCUGGAUGAUGCCAGCGAAAUGUCGGAAGGCAGGGAUCCAGAGGAAAUAAUGAACGAUAACACUGAGGAGAUUCCAUUGGAGAAAACCGGACUGAUUGAUGUUCGCGCAGGACCUCAUGAUUUUGAAUUAAGGAAGGUCUUGGGCAAGGGCGGUUACGGGAAAGUGUUCCAAGUGAGGAAACUCAGUGGACAAGACUACAAUAAGAUUUUCGCUAUGAAAGUCUUGAAAAAGGCAACGAUUGUGCGGAAUCAGAAAGACACUGCUCACACGAAGGCGGAAAGGAAUAUUUUGGAGGCAGUGAAGCAUCCUUUCAUUGUGGAUUUGAAAUAUGCAUUUCAAACGGGAGGAAAACUAUACCUCAUUAUGGAGUACUUGAGUGGUGGCGAGCUCUUUAUGCAUUUAGAAAGAGAGGGGAUAUUUCUGGAAGAUACCGCCUGCUUUUAUCUGUCUGAAAUCGUGUUGGCGUUGGAGCAUUUACACCAACAGGGGAUCAUUUACCGAGACUUAAAACCAGAGAAUGUUCUCUUGGACAUGAAUGGGCACGUGAAGCUGACAGACUUUGGUCUUUGCAAAGAACAAAUGCCCGAAGGCGGAAUUACUCACACAUUCUGCGGCACUAUCGAGUACAUGGCACCUGAAAUCCUAAUGCGUGUGGGCCAUGGGAAAGCAGUUGACUGGUGGUCACUCGGAGCACUGAUGUAUGAUAUGCUUACGGGAGCUCCGCCAUUUACUGCUGAGAACCGAAAGAAAACUAUUGAGAAAAUUUUAAAGGGUAAACUACUCUUGCCACAUUAUCUUACCGCUGAUGCCAGAGAUCUUAUCAGGAAACUGUUGAAGCGUCAAGCAAACCAAAGACUUGGUUAUGGAGCAAUGGAUGGUGCUCCAAUUCGAGCUCAUCAAUUUUUCAAGAACUGUAACUGGGACGACCUUAUUGUGCGUCGAGUAGAACCACCAUACAAACCCCCACUAACCAGUGACGAUGAUGUAUCCCUAUUUGAUACUAAAUUCACCAGACAACCACCAGUGGACUCGCCUGAUGACACUACCCUGAGUGAGAGUGCCAACAUGAUCUUCCAAGGAUUCACCUAUGUGGCACCGUCCGUUCUAGAAGACUUUUUCAAACCUCAUGUUGUACGGGCUAGAUCUCCACGUAAGCAUUCUGGGAAUACAUUUAGGCCAUCGGCGAACAAUCGGCAGCCACAGAGCUUCGCUUCUCCAAUGUCCCCUCUGGACUCUUUCGACUUUCCAGGAACAGGGCAUAAUGGACGAGAAGACCCAAUGGAUACUUCCAAUUCAGCACAGUUUCUAUGAUUGUAAAAAUUAAGGUAAAUAAUGCCGAUGCGGAAACGACGUGAAUGAUAUUUCGCUAGAUACAGAUGUAUAUUAGGUCAUUCUAUGCGUUAUUGUUGAAGUGUGGGGUAUAGUUAAUUUAAUAUAUUGUUAUUUCGUUACAUACAAGAGCGAGAUUCUAAUUUUUGUUCCAUUCAGUCUUAUUACUUACAAUACUUCCUUCCGGUUUGGAGCCUCUGUCUCCUGUUAUAUGUAUAUAUUAUGAAUAUAUGUAUGUGGUAGGAAGCUCAUAGGAGACGCACAUAUAGCCUUGUCUUAGUUUUAUUAUUUCAUUACUCUCAAAACAGUGCAAUUAAUUAAUGAAAUUUCGUUGUUAUUUGGUUGUUGUUGUUGUUGAACAUACUUUUUGUGAAAUACUAUGUUAAAUUGUUUCGGUUGUAUUGGCUGUUGAUUCUUAUUACUUAUUAAUUAACGUACAUAGAGUGACAAUAAUUUUGUUUUGAGAUUUUGCUUCCCUUGCCUUGCGUGAGAGUUUUGCCCUGAUUUGGACUACUUUAAAUGACUAUUGAUGAUAAUGAUCCAUCAAGUAAUUAACGAGUAAGACAUAACAAAAAACAAUGCUGGUAUUUGAUAGAGCUAAUAUGAGAGCACACAGUAUAUUAUAUGAAGUCAUAAUAUCUUUUGCUAUUAGCCUUGUCUCUGCUGCAGCAUCAACACUAUAUAUAAAACACAUGACAUAGGGAAAUGAAAAGAAGACAGAAAAAUUUUGAACUUUAGUCAUAGAAAAUAAAAUAUCUAGAAUAUAACAUGUAUCUAACAGAACAGAACCAAAUAGCCUUUUGUCAAUUUGAAUGUAUGUAUGACGAAACCCAACCUUCUCCUGGAAAACAUAAUGUACUUAUUACGCGAGUUAUGAAAAAUUGUUGAACAAGAAUGAUCCAACUUUCUCCUUCCACAUAAACCCUGAUUUGAUUAGAAUGUCCUGUAUUUACUUCAAGCUGAACUAUGUACCCAUUCCAACUUUUAUUUAUAUCAAUACUGCUUGGUUUUACAACUUAAAACUUGUGUUAAAAUAUGUAACGCCACAUACUCUUUACAGCAAUAAUAACAAUUGUAGCUAGUGGAAGAAAAUCAUCAAACAAACAAGUGAUAAAGACGAUGCGUGGCUACCAAUAGAAAUAGCUAAUUGCACUUUACUACAAAGAAAAGAUAAAGUUGUUAUUGCAGCGUUAAAUGCCCAAUCAUUUAAAUGAUGUGUUCAUAUUCAAUUAGUCAUUACUCUUAUUGUCUACAUUUUCACUGAGUACAUUGUUCAAUUUCUCCAACAAUAUGUAAUCGCGAAUCAAAUAUUAUUCAAUGCUCCAAUUACUUAGAACCCGUAUAAUAUUUGCUACACGAAAAAAACGAUAUAAAGUUGUGAAAGAUAGAAAUAUAUUGUAAACUAACUAUAGCAGCACAACAAGCAGGCAGGCAGUGAUAUGAUGAUCAGUGACAUUACUAUUAUUAUUAUGCACCCAAUAGAAAUUGUAUCCUCGUUUCAAUCAGUCAAAAUCAUUAGUUAGAAGAAGUGUAAACCCAACAUGAUUUUAAAAAUGAAUUAGGAUCGUUAACGGUCAAUAUCAGCGUUGUUGUUACUGUUAAAGUUUGUCGUCUUAUUCCACCAAGUGUCGAUCUGGUGCGUUGUUGUCCAACACAGAAAUGUCAUCCCCUGAAACACUAAUUAGACUUUUAAUUAUUAUUUAUCACUUAAUCCUACAUACAUACAAUAAUCAUGAGAGUUGGGUCGGUCGGUAGCGAGAGCCGAGUAUUUAAAAUCAUUACUUAAAGAACUGAUAACCAAACAUACAUAUUUGUGAGAAAAUGCAAAAAACCUUAAAUGAUGUAACAAGAAAUGGGUGAAAACCAUGCAAGUUUAAUUAAAAAUCGAAAAUUAAUACUAAAAUUUAAAACAUAGUGAUGAUACAUUAAAUUUGUUUAAAAACUAUGUAUUCCAGAAAAUAUAAAGGGUGAGCAACAUUCUUAAAUAAAUAAAUGAACCAACUGUGAGUAUAUACCUGUGAA